UCUACAGUGACAAUCAUGGCUGAAGAUAAUCCAUUUAACAACAUACUCAAGUCCAUUAAAGUUGGAUCAAAGGAAUACAAAUACUAUGACGUCACUCAUUUUGGAAAGAAAUAUGACAGGUUACCAUUCUCGGUUAGAGUUCUCCUGGAAAGUGCUGUUAGGAAUUGCGACGAGUUUCAAGUAAAGACAUCUGAUGUUGAUAAAAUAUUAAAUUGGGAAGUUAACCAGACUCACAGUGAAGGAGUGGAAUUAGCUUUCAAACCAUCUAGAGUAAUAUUACAGGAUUUCACUGGGGUGCCAGCAGUGGUGGAUUUCGCUGCUAUGAGAGAUGCUGUUAAAAGAUUGGGAGGUGAUCCAGAUAAAAUAAACCCUAUUUGCCCGUCAGACCUUGUUAUCGAUCAUUCGAUACAAGUUGAUUUUAUUAGAAGCAACGACGCUCUUAAAAAGAAUGAGGAAUUUGAAUUUGAGAGAAACAAGGAACGUUUCAUGUUUUUAAAAUGGGGAGCCAAGGCAUUCGAAAAUAUGUUGAUCGUACCUCCAGGAAGUGGAAUAGUGCACCAAGUUAAUUUAGAAUACCUAGCCAGAGUUGUAUUCAGUACCAAUGGCUUGCUCUAUCCCGAUAGUGUGGUUGGAACAGACUCUCAUACAACUAUGAUCAAUGGUCUCGGUGUACUAGGAUGGGGUGUUGGAGGAAUCGAAGCUGAAGCUGUUAUGUUAGGACAAGCGAUAUCGAUGUUACUACCAAAAGUUGUAGGAUAUAGAUUAGAAGGAGUUUUGAACCAGUACGCUACUUCGACCGAUCUUGUUCUCACAAUCACGAAGAAUUUGCGACAAAUUGGAGUAGUUGGGAAGUUUGUAGAAUUCUUCGGACCAGGUGUAUCUCAGCUAAGCAUCGCGGAUCGUGCCACGAUAUCGAACAUGUGUCCAGAAUAUGGCGCUACAGUUGGUUUCUUCCCAGUUGAUCAGCAGAGUUUAAAUUAUCUGAGACAAACAGGCAGAGAUGAAGACCACAUCAAUCGAAUCGAGAAGUAUUUGACCACCAUACGCAUGUUGAGGAACUACGACGACGAAAGCCAAGAUCCCAAGUUCUCAGAAGUAGUGACGCUGGAUCUAAGUACCGUGGUGUCCAGCGUGAGUGGUCCAAAAAGGCCCCAUGAUCGUGUAUCCGUGGUAGACAUGAAAAGUGACUUCAAGAAAUGCCUUACAAACAAGGUAGGAUUCAAGGGGUACGGCUUAAGCCCCGAAAAGGUAGAUUCCGUAGCUAUGUUCGAGUUCGAAGGCAAGGAUUACAAAUUAAGACACGGCUCGGUGGUUAUUGCUGCAAUUACAAGCUGUACUAAUACUAGCAAUCCCAGUGUCAUGCUUGGAGCAGGUCUUCUUGCAAAGAAUGCCGUCGAGGCUGGUUUGACCGUAGCACCCUAUAUAAAGACAUCAUUGUCUCCUGGAUCAGGCGUCGUCACUUAUUACCUGGAGGAAAGUGGAGUGAUUCCUUACCUGACCAAAUUAGGGUUCGACAUUGUCGGUUACGGGUGUAUGACUUGUAUCGGUAAUAGUGGUCCUCUCCCUGACGUCAUCGCCGACACUAUUGAUAAGAACGAACUCAUAUGCUGCGGCGUCUUGUCUGGCAACCGAAACUUCGAGGGUAGAAUUCAUCCUCAUACACGAGCAAAUUACCUGGCGUCACCGUUGUUAGUAAUUGCUUACGCCAUAGCUGGAACAGUGGACAUAGACUUCGAAACGGAGCCACUGGGGCGUCGAGGGGAUGGUACUCCGAUAUAUUUACAAGACAUCUGGCCUACGAGAGCAACUAUUCAAGCUGUCGAACAAAAAUACGUGAUACCAGCUAUGUUCAAAGAAGUUUACAGCAAGAUAGAGGUAGGCAGCAACAGUUGGGCAACUUUGGCAGCCCCUGACGGUAAACUGUAUCCGUGGGAUCCGACUUCCACCUACAUCAAGAAUCCACCGUACUUCGAUAGUUUAUAUAAGCAACUACCAGAAUUGAAACCAGUGAGAAGGGCACGUGUUCUUCUCAAUCUUGGAGAUUCCGUUACGACGGAUCACAUUAGUCCAGCUGGUAGCAUCGCGCGUAAUUCAGCAGCGGCGCGAUACCUUGCGAGUCACGGAUUGACGCCGAAGGAGUUUAAUUCUUACGGGUCGCGUAGGGGGAACGAUGCUGUGAUGGCGCGAGGCACAUUCGCUAACAUUCGCCUGGUGAACAAGUUCGUUGGAAAACCUGGACCACGUACUAUUUACAUUCCUACUAACGAGGAGAUGGAUGUUUUCGACGCGGCUGAAAAGUAUGCAAACGACGAGACGCCAUUAAUUAUACUUGUGGGUAAGGAAUACGGAUCUGGAUCUUCUAGAGAUUGGGCCGCGAAGGGACCGUAUCUUCUGGGAAUUCGAGCUGUUAUAGCAGAAUCGUAUGAAAGAAUACAUAGGUCAAAUUUAGUAGGUAUGGGUAUUAUUCCGCUACAAUAUCUACCUGGGCAAACUGCAGAGUCUUUAGGAUUGACGGGGCUGGAGUUAUACGAUAUAACGAUUCCUCACAAUUGUCAGCCUGGCCAGGUCAUUACCGUUACCACGGAUAAUGGCAAAAAAAAGUUCAAUGUAAUCGUACGGUUCGACACCGAAGUAGAUUUAACGUAUUAUAAGAACGGUGGCAUUUUGAACUACAUGAUUAGACAAAUGCUUUAGGGGUCGAAUGAGUUGCGGAAUACAAAUUACGUUAUUGCAAGAAGUUACUUAAUACUUAAUUUUGGGUUUGGAUUUGCAGCGUAUAACGUCCGAAUAUAUCCAUAUCCUACAUAGUGAAAGGUCAUUAUAACGAAUACGGUACUGUUACUUUUUUUUAAAAUAUAUAAAAGGACGAAGGAUUAGAGAUAAUAAAAUCAUGUUGGAUAAAUAUAUUUAUUUUUGUUUGUUACAAAUUUGUCUGGUUGUGUUACAUUAAAAUUUUGAAAAUUAUUACUAUUGAAAUAAAUAUAUAGAAGCUUCGUGUAUUGACCAAAUCGAAUUUUUUAUAUUUUAUAGGCGUCGUUUCUAAGUAAGUCGUGAGAAAGAGAAUAUUUAUUAACGUAAUAAAGUGUUAAUAAUUGUUUCA